AUGCCACUUUUUCCACCGACUACCAACCAACAUGUAGGCCCUUCAUUAUGCAAUACUAAUGUUGAUAACGACGAUCACGAGGAAGAGGACGACGAUGAGCACGACGAGGACGACCACGAGGAGUAUCACGAGGAUGAGCACGACGAGGACGACCAUGAGGACGACGAGGACGAGGACACUACGGAGCAGCCACAGCCAGAGCUAUCAAAGAAGAGAAAGCAAGAGAGUAGCGUUCACACUUCUCGUGGAAGCAAAAAGAUCAAGAAAGAGGCGACAAGUAGUGAUGACGGUGACAUUAAUCGAGUCGACAAACGAAAUACAAAUCUUGAAUGGGUAUUGCCAUCCAAGGAAAUACCAGAGGGUGAUAUUGGUGUGGAAAUUCGAGUUUAUAUCUCUCGAAAAACUCAACACCAAGCGAAUGCAACAGAUGGUAGCAAAGCCACCCCUCUUUGCAAGUAUCGAUUUACUGUUACUGAAAUUACACAAACAGAGGAUCACAAAAUCUAUGUCAGCCAAAUUUUCCAGAAAAUGGAGAACCGAAUGAAAUUUCCUGCCAACAAAUACAUUUGGAUUGAAAUUGGCAAGUCCACUGAACGUAUCUUUGUCUAUUGUCAAGGUAGGGGCAGUGGGUCGAAAAAAGCUGUUUCCAAACCACGUACUGAACAGGACACAGAGAAGCAAGAAAACAAAAUAACUAACCAGAAAAAGAAGACCAAGAAUGUUGUGUCCAUUGCUGUAGAUGGAACAGUUAGUCUCAGAAAAGAAAUUUUGAGCGCAUACUCAAAACAUACAUCCAACGCCAUUUUAACGCUUGACAACGAAUUGUCGACCACAUCAGCUUCAAGUACUUCAUCUUCCAAUGAAUACUUGAGACAGAUCAACUGA